UAUACCUCACCUGCCCCUAACACCAGUAUUCACUGUAAUCACGUCGCCGUCUUCUAAUUCCUGCAAAUUCCUGUUGCUAUGUUCCAACUUAGCCUGAGCCUUGCGGCGCUCGUCGCUUGCACAGCAGUUGUAGCUCGCCCGGAUGUCUCUUUCUCCAGCCUCAACGGACGUGGCGGCGUAGACUUCACCCAACUUGCGCGCAACCUCUCGCCCAGCGCCCAUAUCUAUCUACCCGGGUCGGAUGGAUUCAAUUCGCUGGUGGGAAGAUGGUCCAAUCUGAGCACGCCCGUUGCGAAUGUUGUUGUUGUUCCUGCUACGGAGAAUGAUGUAGUCCAAACCGUAAAGUUCGCGAACAGCAAAUGCCUGCCAUUCCUUACGACAAAUGGUGUUCACGGAUCAAUCACUACUCUUGGAAAGAUGACAAAUGGCAUUGAGAUCUCCCUGAAGCAGCUUAACAGCAUUAAAAUCGCUAAAGAUGGGCAAACGGUUACAAUUGGUGGCGGAGUUAUGUCUAAGAAUGUCACCGACACUCUGUGGGCGGCAGGAAAACAAACUGUGACUGGAACUUGCGAAUGUGUCAGUUACCUUGGCCCCGCCCUUGGAGGUGGUCACGGAUGGCUUCAGGGCCACCAUGGCCUCGUUUCAGAUCAAUUCGUUUCCUUGAGGGUUGUCAAAGCCGAUGGCAGCAUCAUGACAGUGGACAAGAACUCCAGUGUCUUCUGGGCCAUGAAGGGCGCUGGUCACAACUUUGGAAUCGUUACUUCUGUCGUUUCAAAGAUCUACGACAUCCAGCACCGCAACUAUGCCUUGGAGACUAUCAUCUUCAGUGGCGACAAGGUCGAGGCUGUUUAUGAGCUUGCAAACCAGAUGUGGCUCACAAACGGUACCAUUCCCACGGAUUUGAAUAACUGGUCGUACUGGUUUUUCGAUCCUACCUUAGAUACAAAGCCCGUGAUCGCCAUGUACCUCAUCCAAGAAGGAGUAGACGCCGUCGACCCAGCUUACACGCAGCCCUUCCACAACCUUGGCCCAAUCGUCGUCCAGCCCGCUUCAGGAACCUACCUUGACCUAGCCAAGUGGACCGGCAUCUCCCUCUCCGAUACACCCUGCCAGAUUACCGGAAACGCUAACCCCCGCUUCCCCAUCUAUCUCAAAUCAUACAACACCACCGCUCAGCGCCAGGUAUACGAUCUCUUCACCCAGGCUACCACCAACGCCUCGACUCCUUUCAGCAACGCGCUCUUCAUGUUUGAGGGGUACUCAACUCAGGGAGUAAAGGCAAUCAGCGAUGGUGCCACCGCCUACGCCUACCGUUCUGAUAACCUCCUCGUCGCCCCUCUCCUCACCUACAAGCCCAACGGAAAGGCGCUCGAUGACCAGGCCUUCAAGCUCGGUAACCAGAUUCGCCAGGUCCUCUAUGAGGGAAGUGGACAAACCAGCCUCAAUACCUAUGUUAACUAUGCCUAUGGUGACGAGACACCAAAGGCGUGGUAUGGGGCGGAUCAAUGGCGCCAGGACCGCUUGCGUUCGUUGAAGAAGAACUACGAUCCCAAGGGGAGCUUCAGCUUUUAUGCGCCAAUUGCGUAGAUUUAAGGGGGAUAAUAGUUAAU